AUGGAGUCUAAACCCGCUCCUCUCGCCGUCUGCUUGGCUGUGGUUCUCGCGUUCAUCGCCCAACAUGGACGGGUUAGAGGACAACUCCCCCCACCUGUGUGUCAGACAUGGAACUCAACAACCGUCGUGUGUAAAGGGGAUACAGAUAUACCGGAGUUUCUACCCGUUCCGCCUGUACGGACCCGAUUGCGUCUAACCCAGGUACCCCCCGGCAUCCCCGAGUCUGUCAUCACAGUAGAUCUCCGAUGGAACAACAUAACCAUACUGUAUAACGGCUCGUUUAGUGGGUUAGGAAACCUGAGAUCCUUGGACCUGUCUUAUAACAAUCUACAGACUAUCGAGGUUGGUACAUUUGCUGGGUUAGAGACAUUAGAAAGUCUUGAUCUAGGUGAUCGGUAUAAUCUUCCUUUUUACCUGACUUCUGUGCGAAAUACGACGCAAUUGUAUUCUCUUCAAAAUGGACUUUUCCAAGAUCUGCGAAACCUGAACUAUCUGACCGUGGAGACGUACACAGAUAUAGUCGCCAGCGAGGGAGUGUUCUCGGGGUUAUCUAAACUCAGGCAUUUGAAACUCCGGAUGAAAAAUAUCGGCAAUUUACCCGAUCAUAUUUUUGAGUCUUUGACUUCAUUGGAAAGUCUAGAGAUACGGGAACUCGGCGAUGACAUAAAAGAGCUCGAGGACCGAAAUUCCACCACGAGAAGAGUCCACAGCGGAAGUGGGUUCCUGCAACGACUCUUACUCUGGGCACCGCUGCACAACCUUGAAACAUUGAGUCUCACUGAUCUACCGAGACCGACUGACUUCUACUUUGGACCUGUAUUUAGAAACAUGUCCAAGUUGGAUACUAUAGAAAUACAGUCAUGUACAUUGACCCUCAAUGUUGAAAUGUUCCGACCGCUGCUACCCACUCUGAAACAUUUACGCACUGCUAUCGCUGGGAUAGCACCCGGCCUGCUGAAGUCGCUCACACAUCUGCAGACGCUGGAUAAUGACUCAUAUUAUUAUAAGAUUAGUACCAUUAUGGGUGUUCUGCCUGAACUCCGACACACGCAGAUUCAGGAGUUGUCAUUUCUCAACGCCCAGCCAGAGGACAUAAUUAUAACAUCUGAUACUCUUGCGGGAACAAAAGGUCUCAAACUUUUGAAAAACUUGCGUUUUGAUUGCCACCAUAUUUACGCCAUAGAAGCUAACGCCUUUGCGGGUUUGUCACAUUUACAAAGGCUGGAUGUGACCAAUGACUUCAGCGAUGUGUUAACUUUACACGACAAGGCGUUCAGCGGACUGUCCUCGCUCACUCAUCUUAACAUGUCACAUAACGGAAUUUCUGCUUUACCACAAGACGUGUUUGAAGGACUGCCCUCGCUCACUCACAUUGAUUUGAGAUCUAACACCUUACACGCCUCCCAAGCUCAGCUUCCAGAGACCUUGGACUACCUUGAUCUCAGUGAAAAUAUGUUAUACAACAUACCGGUAUUUCAACCAUCCCCAUGUCACUUCCCUUUAUCAUUUAACCUCAGUAGUUUAAAAAGCGUGAAUCAUCUGAAUCUGAGCCGUAAAAUGAAAAACUUGAAAACGAUGACUCUUUCUCACAACCAAAUCCAGCGCAUCAAAACAGGACAACUGGCAGGGUUGGACCAGCUGGAACAUCUAGAUCUCAGUCAUAACGAGAUCAACACCGUCAUGGCAUCCGCUUUCCAUGGACUAUCGCGGCUACAAUACCUGGAUCUCAGUAACAACAGGCUAACGUAUAUAUCAGAGGUGACAUUUGAAGGUUUAGGCAACCUUACACAUCUAAACAUGGAAGCCAACAGCAUAGCAGUGAUUGGGGACGCCUUUCAGCGUCGGUACGGGUUGAGGCACCUGAAUCUGAGGAGCAACAGGUUGGCUGUAUUAAAUCAAACAACACUGGGUCCUGUUGUAUACCGGUUAGAGACUAUCGACAUUGCAGACAACCCAUUUUUGUGUGACUGUAAGUUAAUGUGGUUUGUCGAGUUGGCCCAGGAUAAAUACAACAGGGUAGAGAACUGGAACAACCCCUAUCCUGACGUCCUUCGACGGUACACGUGUUCCCGUCCACCUGAACUGCGUGGAAGACGUUUGAUAGACGGGUUAACAAAGCAACAGCACUCGAACGACACACAGGAUUCGUCCGAACGAAAGUUCUUCGACAGAGUCUGUAGUCAUGGAUUCCGCCCCAACCGCCUCCUGGCUUGUGUGCUCGCCUCUUCGGGCAUCUUCGUCGCCAUGAUGGCCAUUUUCCUGGUCGACUACCACGUCGGCCGUGUUCAGUACUGCCUGUGGAUGUUGGCCAAGUGGAGGAGACCGAAGAUUGGAGAAGUAAAGAACCGAGGGCCGCCCAGAUACACGCAAGAUGCUUUUAUUGCCUACAACAACCGGGACGUCGCGUGGGUUAUACAUCAAGCGAUAGAGAAUCUGGAACCUGACUACAGCCUGGUCAUACACGAAAGGGACUUUGCAGUGGGCGCUCCCAUUGUGGAAAACAUCGCGGAUGCCGUUGAAAAUAGCCGGAGAACCGUCUGCCUGAUUACCAGGAACUUCCUGAAGAGUAAGUGGAUUCCUGACCGAAUGCUGAAACGGUUCCGCCAUCUGAACGCCGUAGUAAGGAGGGACACGUACCUGACUUGGCCUCACGACGUGCGGAAAAGGCCGCUGUUCUGGAGGCGGCUGCGAGACGCUCUGGGCGAUCCUCUACCCCGGGACCCAGAGCCUCAGCAGCAGGUACAAGCUCCAGAACGGAACAUUCCGGAACAGCUAGAACAGGCUCCAGUCAGGAACAUUGUGGAAGUUCAGGUCCAUGCCCCCGUGCAGAACAUUCGGAACUGCGAGAUGAAAUUCUAUUACCAGUUCCAGACGAACAGUGGUUCAGAGAUGGGGAUGACGUGCCCCUUCUACAGUAGAUCAACAUCAAGUUUAUAA